AUGCGACUGGUUUGGCUGGGCCUCUUUGCUACUGCGGGAAACCACGCAAUGACUGCCAAUGCGCUGUCUUUGCACAUGUCCAACCAGCCUCCACCCAAGCCACCUCCAACAUCAAAUUCGCUUUCCCAAGUCUACAAGUCAAUAGGAAACAAAGCAGUAGAACGAGCAGGCAACCAAGAGUGGCCUGACUCUACGGAUGCCAAUCGCUUGUUUGCUACAGAUAUCAACCCUGCCAGUGGAGACUCACCUGAUCACCAGCGGGCCCACCGGUUCAGCUACGUUCUACCGUCCUUUCCCAAGGGAGACGGACCCUUAGCAGUGGCCGCCUUGUUGGAUGCUACGGGUGGUCGCAAUGCGGGAUCUGGGCCAAUUAUAAGGGAAAGUGUUGACGUCUUUGAGGCCUUUGUCAGGGAUCUGCAAGAGAUUCUAGCUACCGGCGCUGCUGACAUGGUGAAAGAGCUACUGGAGCAAAACAUUUGGAGAGUACCCCUGGGGACCCAUCAUAUCACGGUUGCGGUCUUCCAGGAACACCCUUCUCUCUUUUGGAACGAGCAAGACAAGAAACGGUGUAGCCUCGUACAAGAGAACGAGGCAGAACGAAUUCGACAAAGCCUGUCAUCCUACUUCCUUGAAAGUAGCUCACCCCGCCACGCUCCUCCCAAACUCAAGCUGGACUCACUUUUACUUACAGACACCGGGGCCAUGAUUGCUGGAUUCAUUGAUGAUACUGACCCCUUUUUCGCGACCCAUGCCGGUGACAGUGCCACCUUCCAAGCAAUUCGCGUGGCCUGCUCCCAAAUUGCCAUUUCAGUUAUUGGAGAGGACCGAUUAACUUCAAGACCAAAGAACCUUAUUCACACCACCGUGGGCCGUGUUCUAGCUCUACCGUCCCCUUUGACAUCCGCACAAAAACAGGCUGUGGCUGAGCUGAUAAAAUUCUACAAUAAACAGGUGCUGCCAAAGGUUGUUAAAAAGCUGCAUCAUGGCGGACAAGAUAGUUUUGCCCUCACGGAACUCACUAUGCUUCGAGAAAUUGUCUGGACAUUGCAAGACUUCAAAGAAUACCAGACAUGGCAUUUGAUGCCGACAGCUGGCCUAAUAGAAUAG